AUGGCCGGAUACGGCGGCGGCGCAUCGGGGAAAGUGGAUUACGUGUUCAAGGUCGUUCUGAUCGGCGAUUCGGCUGUAGGGAAAUCACAGUUGCUUGCUCGAUUCGCUAGAGACGAAUUCAGCAUGGACUCUAAAGCCACAAUCGGCGUCGAAUUCCAGACUCGCACGCUCGUCAUUGAAGAAAAGAGCGUCAAGGCUCAGAUCUGGGACACCGCCGGUCAGGAACGAUACAGAGCGGUGACGAGCGCAUACUACAGAGGAGCAGUAGGUGCGAUGCUGGUUUACGACAUAACGAAACGCGAGACCUUUGACCACAUCCCACGUUGGCUAGAGGAACUGAGAGCACACGCAGAUAAGAACAUAGUCAUCAUCCUGAUCGGAAACAAGUCUGAUCUGGAAGACCAAAGAGCGGUUCCCACCGAAGACGCGAAAGAGUUUGCAGAGAAGGAAGGGCUCUUCUUCCUGGAGACGUCAGCGCUUAACGCAACCAAUGUGGAGAACUCGUUCAACACUCUAAUGACACAGAUCUUCAAUACGGUGAACAAGAAGAAUCUCGCAUCCGAAGGCGACUCAAAUAACCCUGGCUCCUUGGCUGGUAAGAAGAUUCUCAUCCCAGGUUCAGGACAGGAGGUUCCAGCUAAAACCAGCACAUGUUGUACUUCUUCUUGA